UAUGAGUCUGUGGGGAUGUUCCAGCUCUGGAGCAACGAGGUACCACCAGGCUCCCACAGCAUGGCUUUUGGGUUGCCCAAGAUGCCCUACCAGAUGGCCUCGAGCGCCAACGGCGGCAUUGCCCAUGAACUGCCUCUGACGCCACCAGCUGAGCCCCCCUACUCGUUUGAGCUGUCACCCGUCAAGAUGUUGGCGCCCGCUGGGCCCUCCGCAUACACCUUCCAGGAGGCCCAGGAGUUUACCACUUUUUUACCAGGCCCCCGGCCUCUAGGCCCAGCAGUCCCUGGCAUUGCGUCGGCUGAUGACGCCUCUUGGUGGAGCAUGCAGCAACCAGGCAACUUCUCGCUAGGCCGGCCACUAGUCCUCAGCCCCCAGCCCCCUCUUGCCGCCCUACUGCAGGGAUCUCCCAAGGGGCUGUUGGGGACAGCCCGCCGCUGCCGUCGCUGCAAAUGCCCCAAUUGCCAGGCGGCCAACGGGGCUAACGAGGGGCCGGGAAGGAAGAAGCAACACGUGUGCCACCUGCCGGGCUGCGGCAAGGUCUACGGCAAGACAUCCCACCUGAAGGCCCACCUGCGUUGGCAUGCAGGAGAGCGCCCCUUCGUCUGCUCCUGGCUCUACUGUGGGAAAAGCUUCACCCGUUCCGACGAGCUUCAGAGACACCUUCGGACGCACACGGGGGAGAAGCGCUUCGGGUGCCAGCUGUGCCCCAAGAGGUUUAUGCGGAGCGACCACUUGGCCAAGCAUGUCAAGACCCAUCAGGGGAAGCGGGUGCGGGGCCUGGCAGUGAUGGGCAUCAAACAGGAGUGA